GCAAUCGUAGGCGCCGCUGACGCUCGAGGAUAAACAACAAAAGCAGAAACCAGCGGUGAGCACUGCGCAGCUCAUAGUCCCGCACCGACGACCAUAGACUCUCUGGUCGCGAUUGAGGAGUUUCUCAGGCUAGAGCUUGGGAUAGAGGAUCUCCGAGGAGAAGAUUCAAGUCGUAGCCUUUCGGCCGAACGUUUCGCGAAGGAGUUGUGGUCGUUGCAUUCAUUAAUGAGAAGAAAGUGACCGGGAACUUGCGUUGUCUUCCGAUCGUCCACGACCGGUGACAGGACUCCACGAGAUCGCUCCGGCUUCGCUUCAGGACUGAGAGCAUAAGCACCGAGAGCGCAAUGGUUUUCGCAGCCGUGUGCUAUGGGCUCGGGAUGAUACUCAAUGGCAUCCUGAUGUUCGUAGCAGUCUUCCAUGUGAUUGCGUUCGACGAAUUGAAGUGCAGUUACAAGAACCCGAUCGAGCAAUGUCGAUCCCUCAACGUGCUGAUUCUUCCCGAAUACGUCAUCCACGCUGUUUUCACCGUAUUGUUCCUACUCGCGGGAGAGUUCCUGACGGUGUUGAUAAAUCUUCCGCUCGAUGCCUUCCAUUUAAUGAAGUACAUGAACAGACCCGUCAUGAGUGGUCCAGGCAUAUACGAUCCUACCAUAAUACUGAACGCGAAUAUACUCAACCAAGCCGUCAGAGAAGGAUGGGUGAAAAUGGCAUUUUACCUGCUCGGAUUUUUCUACUACCUCUACGGGCUUGUGAGCUCUCUUAUGUGAGAUUUGGGAUGAGUGAUCGGGAGAGCUGCCCGAAACUGUGUAGAAGACUUUGCAAAGUUUCGGAGCGGAGUUCCGUCGCCUCAUUGGAAAGCUUGGUGCCCACGAUAGCAAUACCCGGUGUAUAUAGCUCUAUACAUAAGGUGAUAGAAGAAGAAUAAACUUAUUUUGUGAAGCUGAUGGUUGACUGA